GCGUUCCUGGGUUUUUAUUUCUGCGCACCAAAACAAAUUAGGGCUUCUGAUUCUCAGGAAACUGAGUAAUAUUUUGAGCGGAAAAGAGGCUUGUUAACCAAUUAAAAAUGGCUGAUGAUGAUUACAAUGAGAUGGAUAUUGGAUAUGAGGAUGAGCCUGCAGAGCCAGAAAUAGAAGAAGGUGCAGAGGAGGAAGAUGUGGAUAACAAUGAUGAUAUUGCUGGAGAUGCCAUUGAAACUGAUGACAAGGAAGAACAAGUACCUGUGGAACGGCCUCGCAAGACAUCAAAAUUUAUGACCAAAUAUGAACGCGCUCGAAUCUUGGGUACCCGUGCUGUGCAGAUUAGCAUGAAUGCCCCUGUCAUGGUUGAGUUGGAGGGUGAGACCGAUCCACUUGAGAUUGCUAUGAAGGAGCUUCGUGAGCGGAAGAUACCCUUUACCAUCCGCCGCUACCUGCCUGAUGGAAGUUAUGAAGACUGGGGAGUUGAUGAGCUGAUUGUGGAAGAUUCCUGGAAGAGGCAGGUGGGAGGUAACUGAUCUCUUAAUUACAAGGAAGCAAAAUGUGCUCUAAAACUUGUUCGGAGGAUUUUGCUCUUGUUAUUUUGUAUUUUGGCACGAGCCCUAUGUUCUACAUGUCAGAACAGUUCUAUGUCAAUGAGUUUGAAACUUUUGUGUAUGCUGCUGUAAUGUCAAAUAUGUAAAGAGUGGGCAGUUCAUUAGUGCGUUAUUGUUGAAUCUAUGCAUGUACACAAUGUGCAAAACUGCAAAUUGAAUGCUUUGUCUGAGGGCAAGCUUUUCUCAUA